CGUCCGUUUGUUUUGAACAAAAAUACUGUCAAACAAUACGAUGUGAAUAUAUGGUACCGUCAACAACGUAACAGUAGUGCACGCCAUUUUGACCGUAGUCGACUGUCGGACGACGUUCGUUUUUUUUCUUCUUCUCUUACCUUAUUGUAUACCGUACACGUUAAAUAACUUAAUAAAGAUCAACCAACAAUUUUCUUUUAACGAAUCCCAAAUAUAUAUUUCUCUACCAUCUGUGAUCCGAAAUUCUAAGUUUAUCAUGUUUACGAAAAUCAUAUCGCAGGCGAACUAUAAAAACAUCUCGAUGACACCGAUGUCCAAGAAAAAAAUGCCGAAGUUUUAUAAGACUUCUGUGGCAUUGAGAACAUGGGGUCAAUCGGGUUUGGCGUUUGGUGUAACAGGUUUUGUGCUGGUAUGUUAUGUCACCGAAUGGCGUACUGUUUUACAGUAUGUGCCAUAUUACAACGGCAAGUACGCUCAAAUGGAUAUUAACGAAACGUUAGAUAAAAUCCGUGAAACAUCAAAUGUCAUAGAGCGCAAGAAAAACGCAGGGAGAGAUUUCCAACAAGAAAGAGAUGACGCAAUCAUAGCGGAUAAUUUGAAUAAGGAAGAAAUCAUAAACUUAGUAGCUGGUAAAUUAUAAGUACCAAAUUAUUUUUGUAGAGUACUUAUUCCUUUUUUUUCCCAAGUACAAUUAGUAUUAAAAA